CUAGGCUUUUUAUCUACGUCAGUUUUUCUCUCCUUUGCUCUAGGACCACAUAAGAGUGGAAAUCAAAAGGCAGCCAUCCUCCCUGUCGCAGUUUCUGCGGGCCUCUCGCUGUUGGCUUGCUUCUCCCGCCUACCUCAAUUUCUCCAAUGUUACACUUCCAUCCGAGAAGGCCUCUAUUGUCUCGUUGCCUUCAGAAAUCGAACAGUCUUCACAAUGUAACUUACACAAAAUCGAUCGGCUUCAUGCAACCCACAAUUAUCUAUAUAGUUCCAGUGAGCAUUCCAAAGUGUUUUACUGCGACAUUUUGAGGAUCUACCCUAAAAGAUUAGUGGUAAGUCAAUCCUAA